UAAUACUAUUUUUUUUUAUAUAAUGACAUUUAGCUUCAAGGUAUCUAUGAAAAUUUUUAUCAUCAGAUGCAUCCUCAUUUUAGGACCCUUUUGAACGAGAUGCCUGAUAUUUAUGAUUCCAUCUGGCGUUGGGACUGUGUGUUGUACGACUCGCUUAUUGUUGACCUUUUACCUGAAGUGGACACACCAACAAGUAAUCAUAUGAUGUCUGGACUUCGUCAAUAUACCCGAUCAUUACCUCAAUUUCUGCAACAAUUACUCAAGGAUUAUCCUCAAGCACUUCGACAAAAGAAAUGUGAUGUUGCCAAUAUCUUUGUUGCGAAAAUACGCCGACAACUGACCUUGAACCAAUUCGCUAUUGCGACCGGAAAGAUUUUAGGGCGACCUGAUCUACUUGGAGCCAUGAAAACUGAUUGGGAACAACUAGAUGUUGGUAUUGUCUUGGAUCACGUUCUUUGGGUUUGUGAUUGCAGAAAUAAUGAUAUGAGACAAAUAUUGGAAAAAGAUCUGGUUCGUCUAUUGACAGUUGGUACUACUUUGGAUCAAUGGAUGAAAUGGGAAGAACAAUUGCUUGAUAAAUUUGUUCCUGCUACUCCAAAGAUUCGUGAUAUUCAGGAUAUUGAAAAAUAUUUGGCCAUGGCAAAACAAUUUGUAUUGAAAUGGAAAACAUAUACUGGUUUAAUCAUGCAACAUUUUUAUAUGAAGAAUAUCGGUAGUAUAGGUAAAUGGAAAAAAGAAAAAAGAAAAAGAUAGGCUAACAAGUAUUUGACAUGUUUGACUUUAGAUUCAUUCAAUACACUUCAAUUCUUCUUUGAUGAACUGAUUCUUUACCAUGUGGAAGAACGUAUUGCUCGAAUGAAUGCGGAUGUCAAUCAACGCCUUAGUCCUGAACGUAGUGCCAAGAUCAAUUCAAAUUUCUCUGCAACUAAUAUUAUGCCAACAACAACGACAAGUCAACUUUGAAAAUUGAAUCUUAUCAAAACCCAUCCUUCUUGUUAUAUAGCCCUUUUUUUUUUUUUUUACUCUGACACUUAGUUACUUUCAUUUUGUACAUAACCUUUUGCUUUUCUUAUUCUUUUUAUAUACAUAUAUUCUAUACUUUAGGCUGUACAUACCUUUUUUUCUUAUAUUGAUGCUACCCAUUUGUUAUCCCCUUUCCCC